GCGCUGUGACACACUGACAGCAGCUGCGCGUUACACGGAAUGUACUAGAGGAAACUGAUAAGAAGGAUAAAUGUUCAUGUCUAGCUGAAAACACACCGAGCUCUGAUUUUGCACAAAGUUUGUGUAGCUAGUGCAUGAAAGACAGCCUAAAGGCUACUGACGUCUUCUGUUUCUUGGACACCGUGGAUACUUUACAUUAGGUUUAAUAGUAGAACAAAUCCGUUUUAAUGAUGGCGUUUGCCAUGCUGCGGCCGAUGGCGACUCACCUCGCGUACCCGGACCACAGCAUGCUGUCUGAGGACGAUGAGACGCGCAGUGAGAGCGACGGCAGCUCGGAGCAGAGUUACGGCUGCUGCUCGGAGAAGCGGCGGCGAGUGGCGCGCAAACCGUCUGUGGGCGGCGUGCUUAUCGUUAAACAGAGGAACGCGGCUAACGCGCGGGAACGCGACCGAACGCAAAGCGUCAACACCGCCUUCACGGCAUUACGGACUCUCAUACCCACGGAGCCGGUGGACAGGAAGCUCUCCAAGAUCGAAACUCUGCGUCUUGCUUCCAGCUACAUUUCCCACCUGGCAAACGUGCUGCUCAUAGGAGACAGCGGCGAGGACGCGCAGCCGUGUUUAAGCGCCGGUUGCAGCGUACAGGGAGAAACCGGAGGCAAGCAACCACGAACCAUCUGCACCUUCUGCCUCAGUAACCAGAGAAAAGGAGUAAAGGACGGUAAAGAUUGUCUCAGAAUGCGGGGAAUCAGUGCCCUGCGCAUGAGCCGCCGGUAGCCGGUUGAAGAGAAGGUGGAGAAACUCAGGGAGCAUGGAGAAAAAAGAGAGGAAAACAGAGAGCACGAGAGAGAGAGAGAGAGAGAGAGAGAGAGAGAGAGAGAGAGAGAGAGAGAGAGAGAGAGAGAGAGAGAGAGAGGCGCACGAGGAGAGGCGCACCGAGAGCUUGCGCUGGAGCACGCAGAGACUCAAGGACUCGUAAGAGAUUCAAAAGACAGCUCUUUAUUGAUUUCUUUCAUGUAUUUGAACUUUUCAUGCAGUGCAUAAACUUUUGUGUUGUUCUAAAGAGAAUUUAUAGAUUUUUCUACAAAAAUUGUGUGAAUCCCACAAUGAAUAAAGUAUAUUUUUAUCAGA